UUGUUAUCAUAUUUAUUGUUUACGAGUAAGUUUACCGCACACCGUAACGGAUUCGCGUACUCUAGAACAACGGCAGUUUCGAAAUGGUGUGCGAUAAAUGUGAAAAGAAAUUAGGUGUAACUGCUACUCCUGAUCCGUGGAAACAGGGAUGCCGCAAUGCGAUCGACACGGGUUUGGUGCGUAAACAGGACAACAAGCAACUACAGACUAUUGGGAAAAUCAAAACCUUAUCUGGGUCCAAAGUGUCUUCAAAGUCUGCUCUGAAAACAGGAUCCUCUUCGGUUAUGUAUUCAUUUGGUGUAUGCAGAAUAUGUAAACAGAAAGUACAUGAACCUGGGAGGCACUAUUGUCAGAGUUGCGCAUACAAAAAAGGCAUAUGUGCCAUGUGUGGUGUACGCAUUUUGAACACCAAAUCGUACAAACAAUCUGCCACGUAAAUUUUAAAAUAUUCUUAUCAACCCUGUACUAAGUUGGAUAAUAACUUGGAUAAAUUAUUAAUCCAAAGAUAAUAUUGUUUCAGGAAUUUAUCACAUGUAAAUUAUUCAUAUUAUUAUUGUAA